AAAUUUACAGAGAGAGAAAAAAAAUUGAAGCUAUAGAGACAGAGUGAAAGAGAAACAUGGAAGGCAAAGAAGAGGACGUGAAUGUUGGAGCCAAUAAGUUCCCGGAGAGGCAGCCGAUCGGUACGGCGGCGCAAACGGAGAGUAAAGACUAUAAAGAACCACCGCCGGCGCCGUUAUUCGAACCCGGCGAGCUCAAAUCGUGGUCGUUCUACAGAGCCGGCAUAGCUGAGUUCAUAGCCACUUUUCUUUUCCUCUAUAUCACCGUUUUGACAGUGAUGGGUGUCAAGAGAGCUCCCAAUAUGUGUGCCUCUGUGGGAAUCCAAGGCAUCGCUUGGGCUUUUGGUGGCAUGAUUUUUGCUCUUGUUUACUGUACUGCUGGAAUCUCAGGAGGACAUAUUAAUCCGGCUGUGACUUUCGGUUUGUUCUUGGCGAGGAAGCUGUCUUUAACAAGAGCUGUGUUCUACAUAGUGAUGCAGUGCCUUGGAGCUAUCUGUGGUGCUGGUGUGGUUAAAGGGUUUCAGUCAGGGCCAUACCAGUCUAAUGGUGGUGGAGCUAAUGUGGUGGCUCAUGGUUACACAAAGGGUUCAGGUCUUGGUGCAGAGAUUAUUGGAACUUUUGUUCUGGUUUACACUGUUUUCUCAGCUACUGAUGCUAAGAGAAGUGCCAGAGACUCCCAUGUCCCUAUCUUGGCUCCACUUCCAAUUGGUUUUGCUGUCUUCUUAGUGCACUUGGCUACCAUCCCAAUCACUGGAACUGGCAUUAACCCGGCCAGGAGUCUGGGAGCUGCCAUCAUCUACAACAAGGACCAUGCUUGGGAUGACCAUUGGAUCUUCUGGGUUGGCCCAUUCAUUGGUGCUGCCCUUGCUGCUCUAUACCAUCAGAUAGUCAUCAGAGCUAUUCCUUUCAAGUCCAAGACAUAAAGCUUCCCACAUAUUCUCUGCUCAUCAUCAAUCUAAGAAUAUUAAUCUUUAACUCUCUGUGCAUUCCUCAUGUUAAACAUGUGAUUAUCUCUAUAUCUACCACUGGAGUUUGAUGUAUAUAUAAGUUAUUAUCUGUUACAUUGUAUUGUAUGUGCAAAUAAUUAUGUCAAUGGAAAUUUUAUCUUGAUAGUACA